GAGAUCAUCAACAUCAACAACAAGACACCAUGUCGAGCGACCAAGGCGCAAACACCACCGCAUUCGAGGAUAACUCUGCGCUGCCGGUUGAUCAAAUUGAGGUAACACAAGAUUCCCAGCCCACCUCCCUCAAACCUGUUGAAGACGUUGCGUCGGGCAUCACAUCUGUUGCGGACUUUCUCCCUAACCCCAAGGACGCACCAACUUCACAUCCAACCCCUCCACCGGAUGAACCUCUUGUGUCUUCCGAUGCUAAUGUUGAUGUGGAGAUGACCGAGGCUGAGGAUCGAAAUGUGGAGGUCGAGUCUGCGCCGGAGGGGUUGUCGGAAGUUGCGCCUACGUUGGUGGAUGAGUCAGUACCAGUCCCUGCACCUGUUGUUGAGUCGAGUCUUGUGCGGCCGAGAGAGGAGGACGAUGGCGAGGAAGCGGAGGAGCCGGCGGCCAAGCGCAGCAGAUUCGACGGCGUCGAUGCCAGUGCGGCAGAAGACGCCUCUCUGCCCAUCGCGAACGCCAACGAUCCCGAGCCUGAGCUCGAGCCGCAACAGGAACAGACUGCAAUAUUCACCGAUGUCGCGACACCAGUUGAGACCAGCUCAGCAGAUCCUCUUCUCAGCGGCGAUGCGGCAUCGGAGCCUCAUUCUUCAAUACCGCCAGCGGCACCUUCCGACAUUCUUCCUCCAGCAGAUUCAGCGGCACCAGAGUCGCAGGCUUCAAUACCGCAAGCACCUCCUUCCGAAGUUCCUCCUUCAUCUUCAGCGGCGUUGGAACCGGAGGCUUCAACAUCGCAAGCAGCACUUCCCGAAGUUCCUCCACCACUACCCUCAACAUCAAUCAACGGCACGUCCGCUGAAGCCGAUGCGCAACCAACGAUCGAAUCGAUCGAAGCUCAACCUCCACCCUCCAUCGAGAACGCCGCAGAUGCACCAAUGGAGUCCUCACAGCCAUCCACACAAGCCCUUCCAACCUCUAUCCCACCUCCUGCCGCUCCCUCGUCAUCAUCAGCUGCGCCCGCGCAAGCAACCGCGCAGUAUGACACAAAACCCAUGACAGCACUGCAGAAGACGUUCUUGCAAGACAAGAUGAAGAACCUCAAGAAGACGAAAAACUCCGGUCCUUUCUCCAGCCCUGUCGACUACGUUGCUCUCGGCAUUCCGUCGUAUCCAGAGGUCAUCAAACAACCGAUGGACCUUGGUACGAUGGAUCAGAAGUUGAAGGCCGGGCAGUAUGCGACUGUACAGGAGUUUGCGGACGACUUCGAUCUUAUCGUCAACAACACCCGCACCUUCAACGGGUCCGCGCAUGCAAUCACACAGAUGGCGAUGGCGAUGGAGGCGUACUUUCGUAGGAUGAUGGAGAGUGUGCCAAGCGCAGAUAUAGCAGCUCUGCCAAAGAAGAAAGCAUCUCCGAAGCCUGCGACCAACAUUGCGCAGCGUCGAGAGCCGCGAGCUGUACCGCCUCCAGUCCCCGCUACAGAGUCAUUCGCUCUGCAGUCGAACGGAACUCCUCAAAUUCGCCGCGAAUCCGGCGCGAACCGGCCAGCCCGUGCGAUCAAGCCUCCUCCACCCAAGGAGGUCGCAUACGCGAUGCCCAAGAGAAAGGAGCAUCAACUCGAACUCAAAUUCGCCGAGCAUGUCCUGCAACAGAUCCGCGGUCCGCAAUAUGGCGCUCAAAAUAGUGUUUUCCUCGCCCCCGUCGACCCCGUGGCUCUCAACAUCCCCAACUAUCGUCAGAUCAUCAAGCACCCGAUGGACCUCGGCACCAUGACUCAAAAGAUGAAGCAGGGUCUGUACGGCAAGGCGUCGGAGGUGAAGAAGGACUUCGACCUCAUGAUUGAGAACUGCAUCUCGUUCAACCCGGUCGGCAACCCGGUGCGUGAUAUGGGCAUCGCCCUCCAGCGUAGUUUCGAGUCUCUGUGGCGUGACAAGGACAAGUGGGAGAAGAAGGAGCGGGCGAAUUCGAAGCGUGGAGAGUCGUCCGCGGAGGAGGAGAGCGAGGAGGAAGAAGAGGAAGAAGAGGAUGACGGCGAUGAGAAGAGCCAGGCUAUCCGCGCGCUGCAGAAGCAGUUGGCGGACAUGCAGAACGCUCUCGCUGGACUAAACGCCCCGCCGACGAAGAAGACCAAGAAGACCAAAGCUCCAAAGCAGGGCGGUACGAAGAAGUCCGGCGGUGCCUCCACCAAGACCAAGCUCCCUGCCGCAAAGACCUCGAAGCCUCCCAAGAAGACCAAAAUUGUGACCUACGAGGAGAAGCAAGAAAUCUCCGAGGCGGUCGGCAACAUGGACGGUGCGCAAGUCGAGCAACUCACCAACAUCAUCACCUCCAACUGUAAGAAGUACGCUGAGCAAGAUGAGAUGGAGCUCGAAAUCGACGACCUUCCCAACGAGGUCCAGGCCUUGCUGCUUGCGUACGUGCGCUCCAUCUUUGGCAAUCCGAGAGCACGUCAGAGACAGAUCUCUCCCGAUGAUGCUGGUGGUGUCAUGGACGAGGACGACGAGUUCGAGCCGUCUGAGCGUGGCAAGCGUGGUGGCGCCGGUGGCAAGCGCAAGAAGCAUCGGCCGAUGGGCAAGAAGGAGCAGCAAGAUGCGAUCUCGAAUAUCCAGAAGCAACUGGCACAGUUCCAGGGUCCCGCUAAUGGAGGCCAGAGUGUCGGUGGUGGGUACGUUGUGCCGAAGCAGGAGGAUGAGGACUCGUCUGGCGAUGAGGAGUCCGAAGAGUCCGAGGAGGAGUAG